AUGGAUUCAGCACCCUUCACUAGCAAAUACUGGUCACGUUGCACAUCAAUUUGGGCUGCGGACACGGCAUACAGUGUUUGCAAAAUAAUAUAUUUCUAUAUGGCAACAUCAAGAUGGAUUAGGCAUUUAAGCUUAUUCUUGGAAUGGACAGGUCAUGGUGUUCUAUGGAUAGGAUUUGUUUUAAUUUGGCUUAUUACAUUGUUAAUUGAUAAUGCGCAUGGCAUUAGAUCAUAUUCAGCUUUGGGAAAAAUAUGGAAUUGGAGAAAUCCUUCUAUUGAACAACAAUCUAGCAUUGUAAUCAAUGAAAAAAUUGCUAAACCAUUCUGUUUACUUAUUGCCUUAUUAUUCGAUGCAAUAAUGGUCGGUUUAAUUAAAUCUAUAUUUCAACGUCAAAGACCUAAAGAUAAUAAUGAUUCAGAUAUGUUACUCACUAUUAGUAUUGAUGCUUGGUCGUUCCCUUCUGGUCAUGCUAGUCGAUCAACAAUGUUAUUCUUUUUAAUUUCUCAUCUUUGGCUAUCUGCAUCUGCAUUAUGGUUAACAUUGUUAUUAUUUUGGAAUUUAAUUGUGUGUUAUUCACGUUAUGCAAUGCAUCGUCAUCAUUUUAUUGAUAUUCUAGCCGGUUAUGCAUUAGGUUAUAUAGAAUAUUGGUUAAUUAUACAAUUGAAUGAUAAAUAA